AUGCGGGUCGAUCACUAUCAAUACCUGAUGGACAGGGGCUGGAGAAGGUCAGGCUCGCUCUAUUACAAACCUGAUCUCUUGCGGUCAUGUUGUCCCCACUACACGAUACGUCUGAAGGCGGCAGAGUUCCAGGCCCGGAAGGACCAACGACGAGCGAUCAACCGAUGGAAUGACUACGUACUCGGUCCAGAGUACAAGGGAAAGGCCGCCAUGCUGUGUCCACAGGAAAAGCGCCGUUUGAGGGACAAAUUCGACCUGUCUAUUGCCGUCCACAAAGCGGAAUAUGACAACAUCAAACGCCCAGUGGGCAAAAAGACCGGCACCCCCAUCGAACCUGCUCAUAGGUUUGAAGUCAACCUCGAAGGUGAUAGUUUCACAAAAGAGAAAUAUGAAAUCUUCCUGAAAUAUCAGUUACGGGUACACAAAGACCCUGCAUCCCGGUGGAAGGAAUCCGACUUCAAGCGAUUUCUCUGCACUGGCCUUGACCGGAAGAUUCUCAAGAUCAAUGGCAAGACACUCAAAUUGGGCUCCUAUCACCAAUGCUAUCGUCUCGACGGGAAGCUGGUGGCUGUGGCAGUUCUGGAUCUUUUGCCUCACGCCGUCAGCUCAGUCUAUCUCUUCUAUGAUCCUGAAUACGAAGCUUGGGACUUGGGAAAGAUGAGCGCGCUUCGAGAGAUAUUGCUUGCAACAGAGGUUGGCUACGAGUACUAUUACAUGGGGUACUACAUCCACUCGUGCACGAAGAUGCGAUACAAAGCCGCUUUCACUCCGACCUACAUGCUGGACCCUGAGAGCUAUGAAUGGAACCUUUUCGAUGAUAAAUACCGCCAGGAGCUCGAUAAGAGGAAAUAUUUCUCUCCGUCCCGCGAUCGAAAACAAGGACUCGGUGUUGCAGAGACCGCCGUACACCAAGUAGCAGUGGCGGCAACUUCGGAUAGCAGCAGCAGCAGUGCUCCAAAAACUACGAAGGAACGAGGAAAGAUGUUCGACGAUGAACAGGACCUGGAAUUCGACGAAGCCCCAAGCGAUGAAGAAGAUGCAGAAAUACCCGAAGGAUCCCUGUUUGAUUACGAAAUACCCGGCGUGCUGACGAAAGAUGAGGUGAAUCGGCUCGAUCUCGACCACUGGCGUCUGCUCGUAGGCAACACUCUGAUUGAGUUAGAGGACCUUCGAGAUUGGGAAGCUGGGAAAAUAGACGACCCUGACACCAUGAAAGGCAUGGCUGCAGAACUUGCAGCGGUGACGGGGCCAAAACUACUACAGAACAGUGCACUGGCAGUAUUCUGA